CAGAGCUGGUUUCUGAACCUUUCCUUUUUGUCAUGUCCCUCACGGCUCUUGUCCGCUCUUUCUGAAAUACCUGUUUCAAAGCAACAACAACAACAAUAACAACGAGCACAAGUUGUAUUUGGAGUAGUAGAGUUUCUUACCCAUUCACUUUCUUUGUCGGUCGUUUAAUCGUUUGAUUUGCAGUAGCAACGUCACCUGGCAGUAGAAGCCUAUUAUGAGUGCAAGUAGACGGAAGACAAAUGCGUUGGCGCAAUCGUCUACUUCGGAGACAACAGCUCCAGUUUUAUCUGGUGCAGAGAUGCUGGUGCUUCAACAGAACAUUAAGCAGUACAUCAUCACCAGACAGACACGAGCAUUGACAGCGCAUGAGCUAGAAGAGUUUGAGAAAAUCAAAGAAAAACUGUUGCCAAAUCUUCUCCGAUACUCCCAACGCGCUCCCUCAGUCCUCACCAGCGAACCCAAUGAAAAGAGUACUGAAAGAAGACGUGGAGUGCCUGUCAUAACCUCAACUGCACUGACAGAUAGGGAGACAAUCGCGUCAUCACGACCAAAUACUGAAGCUUUUCCAUCACAACGUACGACUAUCCAAUCACAGAGCAAUAUACCUGCCCUUGAGGCUCCAGCUAAAGCCAAAGCGAAAGCUAAAACCAAAGCUAAACCCAUGUCCAAGGCAGGUCCAGCAACGGCAAGUACAGAUAACAAACAAUCAGCAGCUAAGACGGAACCACUGCAGUCGAAUACUGGUCCAUUAAACUUGACUCAGGCGUCAACUACUGCAGCUUCUAGUCGUGAAUCUGUAGGAAAUACAGCCAAGAAAGGAGACAACAAGAAGCGACCCAAGAUCGAAAUCUAUCAAGAUCCUGAAAAUGUGCCACGGAAGAAGAGGGCUCGCGCAAAAGCUCAAGAGGGUGAUGCAAAUGAUUCGGACAAGGAGAAUAGGAAUCCGCUUGAUUCGACUUCUUCAAAGCCAAAAAGGAAAGCACUUGGAGAUAGCACCAAUGUUGUCAAUACAGCCAACGUCAACACCAAUACUAAACAGAGGAAUAGAAAGGACAAGGGUGUGAUUCAUGAAUCAACCUUGAAAAACCCAACUAUUCAGUCAACAUUGAAAUCCACUACCACUGCCGCUACCCCUACCUCCAAGGCAUUAUCAAAUCAGGGUACGCAACGACCUCAAUUGCAACGUUCUAGAAUAGACUCAAGGCAACCUUCAACCAAAGUAGUAUCUUUUAAAACUCCUCUGGAAAGUACAUUGGGGCCACAGGACAAAAGGGAGAUAUCUCAGGAACAUGUAACAAAUCACCCACCUGUAGAUGUGGAAACAGAGGAGUAUGAGCAGCCAGAAACCCCGGCGUAUGAUCUCUCUCAACAAAAUAGCGAAGCAGAGGCCAAUGACCUAGCUGUAAAUGUCUCUACAUCGAUUCGAGCUCCAAGAAAGAGCAAAGACUCCGUGAUAGAGAUCUUGGCUAGCGUGGAGGAUGAUGACCCAGCUGCCAGUUUUGACCCAUAUAUCAAAUCAGAAAAAGCAUCACCUGUGCGCCGUAUACCUGUAGUGGAUUAUGAAAUCAUACCAGACUCAGAGGACUCGAACGAAGAAGAAGCAACACUUCCAGCGCCAAACUUUUUGCUUGAUGAUCUUCCCGAGGAAGAAAAUGAGACGACGACGGCCGUGACUAGCAACUCUCCUGUGCAUAAUGCGAUUGUGGACCUACAUGGAGAUGAACCAACGUUACCCAUGCCUGACUUCCUGUCAAAUGGUGCGCCUGAGGAUCUAGAAGAUCAGACUACGGAAGAGAGAAUGACUUUGAGUGAUUUGUUGGCCGAAGAUAGGCACCCAGAUGAGCAUAUAGACUCUGCUCUGCCUUCGACAGAAACUACAUUCGUUGCUACUCAGGGAUCUAAAUCUGAUGUUGGUAUCAUGGAGAGCACCCGUUAUGCUGACGGCGUCUGGUGUAUAGAGGAUUGUGAGAGUGGUGUGGUCUCAGCCGUGUGCGGAUAUACUAAGCAAUGGAUCGCGAUAGAAACAAACCAGCAUGUGCGGUUUUUGCGGUUGAUUGGUGACAGUCUCUCGGAGAGCAGGUGGUUUAAAUAUUUAGAGGUGAGCAAGGAGUUUAUGUCUCCAAUGCAGCUCAUAUUUGCACCGGAUGAUUCAUUCGCGAUUCUCUUGAACCCGAUUGAGCAGUCAUUUAUAAAAGUAUCUUUGGACGGUGUUGACGACUGGAAGGAUUCAACGACCAACUAUAAACAAGUUUCAUGGGCUGGAACAAAACCUUUUUUAUUAUGUAGAAGCCUAGUUGUCAACGCGCAAAAUCAAGGUGCUGAGGCUUCAUAUCAACUCGUAUUCGCUGCAGAUAAGCCAGGAUCAAUUUGUCUUAUACCUAUCCCGAACGAUGAUGAUCCUGUCACUUCAAAAGUAUCACCACUGAUGAUGUCUAUUCCUGGAGCCCGAGGGCCUGUGAAUUCUGUUCUCAGUAUUCGCAAUGCUUCAUCACUGAUUCUUGCAUCUUGUGAACACGAAUUAGUUCUAUGGGAUUUGAACGACCAUACAAAACCAGUAUCAAUCGUAGAUACCUCAUUCGUCUUGCCAUCAUCUCUUCCUCGUUACUCCUCAUUAAAUCGUCAAAUACCAGAGGUUAUGUUCGCAACCGUUCCAACACACUUCUUCAAACAGUACAAACACAUCUUGGAUUCGGAGGGUAUACCAUACUCUCAAUGGCCUAUCCUAGCAGUCCUCAAGACGUGUGAUACUGAAGUGGAUGAUUCUGACAGGAAUGAAGUUGAUCGUUGUGCUUUGUUUGUGAUAAAGGGCAACCUUAUUGAGCUUGUGCACAAGUUUCAGGGAUCUGCAUCCAUUUCUUUUGCUGCAUCAACACCACGGUUUGUUACCUGUAGUGUCAAACAAAACGGAAAAGAUGCCUUGCGUGUGUGGGACAUUUUGAAAUCGGAACCAGUGAUCCAGUUGUCAGUCAUGGAUCCGCCGCCACGCCUCGAUCUUUCUUCUUUCUGGAGUGAACCAUCACAACAACCUCAACAAGCCAGUGAUUCAAUUCAUCAGGAAAAAGUGCCACAGAGAGUAAAACGAGACAAGGCUGAUCGUGAGGAAGAAGCGGACGUUUUCUCUGGCGUAUCAACAUUGUCAAGCCCACCUGAUCUUUUCUCAUCUUCGCCGUAUCCCUCUCCCGGAGACGGAUCUAAAUGCCCCCAGCAGAGGGAUACCCCAGUGUUGACACUCUCAGGAUCAGGAAACCCUUCAGAAAUACCAUCCCGACUGACGGAGAAAUCUGACCCUAACUCUGGCCAUAGUCGCCUAUUGCGACAGCCUGAGAGGUCGAUUAACUUGAUAUCUGUUUCGUUGAUGGAGCGUAAGCAUAUACAAUUUGCAGUACAGCCAGAGCAACAUUGGGUUGUGGUCGUGCAGCAGGAUAUGUCUCAACAGAACCCAACUGUCAUUCACAUUAUGGACUUUAUGUCGAUACUCUCAAGUGAGUCUGCAUAACGGAUGGAUUUCGCACAGAUAUCAUGGGACAUUGAUUUUAGUUCAAGUGCACUAUUUAUAACACCUAUAUAAGGACGUCUUACAAGAUUUGUUGCUGUUGCUGCUGCUGAUUAACUUCCCAGUCGACAGUGAUUUUGGAUUGGUCAGAGAUUUCAUUGCAAUAGUAGUGUUUUCUAACUCCACUGUGUUUAUCGUACGUUUCCUGACUUUUCAAGCGAUUGUUGAUGAUACUGUCUUCAAUUUCAAGAAGAUAUGGAAUUGUGAUCUUUUCUGCAAAGUCUUCAAGCGAGAAUUGCAUCUGU